CCUAAACGCUGCGUUCGAAAACAGAUUUGUUCUUCGAAGCCAAUAAUUGACCAGGUCUUAGUUGGAUCCAGCGGCUCCGGGCACUAGAGACUUCUUAGUGUUACCGUACCAAGGAACCUUUCGUGAACCCCUACCAGUAAUGGCGUUCGUCCACCGUGAUCUCUGACCUAACCGGACCGAUAAAUCCGAAGUAGUCAUCAAUAAACCCUAAAGGCAGGACACCUCCACUCAUAGAGGAUCACCACAAUGGAUUUUCCGCCGACUCAGACUCCGGGCUCUCAGCUGCAGCUGACGGCAGCCAACUGCGAAGAAUAUGCGGACCAAGUGGCAAAUACAGCGUUAGAUAUCCCGACCCGACUGCGAGCAGCUUGCGAUCUUCGGGAGUCAAUCGAACUCUUCCAGGACGAUGAGAAUCCGGAGGUCAUGCACAAAGUGAUCCCUAAGAUCGCACAGGUUCUGAAGGAUGAGGCACCCGUAUUUAUCAGCAACUCACCGGUUCAGGAACUACGAACCACCCUCCUUGAAAUCAUACAAAGACUCCCCCCCACAGAGGCCCUGAAACCCAUACUAGCCCAUAUCAUGAACGCGCUGAUGCGCCUUUUACGCGAUGACAACGAGGACAAUGGGGCCCUUGCCUUGAAGAUUCUGGUGGAUUUGCAUAAGAACUUCAAGCCCAACCUGGAUGAGUGGGUGCAGGGAUUCUUGGAGACUGUGCAGCAGAUGUAUAAGAACAUGGAAGAUACCCUCAAAGAGACUUUCGAGGAUCCGAAGCCAGCGAAGAUGGCGGAAACGGUUCCUUUGCCAAAGUCCACGGAUCCCCUCGUCACUACGACCGAUGUGGGAGAGACACCUCAUCAGUUGCGCCAUGUUUUGCAUAGCUUCAAAGUUUUGGCAGAGUGCCCGAUAGUCAUAGCACUGCUGUUCCAGCUGUACCGCAAAGUUGUACAUGUGAACGUGCCAGCCUUCGUUCCCCUGGUCAUCAGCUGCCUAUCGCUUGUCCCUAGUCAACAACAGAAACACGUGGCCGAAGCAGAUGCCAAGGAGAUUGCCUUCGUGGGUCUGAGUCCAGACGUUCCAGAUCGGGCAGCUAUGUUUGAUCUGCUGACACUGCAAGUGAAGACGGUGUCAUUCAUUGCGUACAUACUGAGGAGCUUCGUAGCAAUCCUGAAGCCGCAUCAGCAGGUUAUCGCAGAUGGGACUGUUUAUCUGUUGAGAUCCUUUCCUUGCGAAGUGGCAGCAACGAGAAAGGAACUGCUGGUGGCUACACGACAUAUCUGGUACACGGAUUUCCGCCAGGCCUUUGUGCAACAUGUGGACAUUUUGCUGAACGAGGAGGUUCUCGCCGGUACUGGCGUCACAACUAGAGAAACGUUGCGGCCAAUAGCGCAUAGCGUUUUGGUUGAUCUGAUUCACCAUGUCCGGAACAACCUCACAACGGCGCAGCUGUCGAAAGCUAUAUAUAUGUACUCCCACAAUCUCCACGACUCGUAUUUCGCGCCCAACAUUCAGACAAUGUGCGCCAAGCUGUUGAUCAAUCUUGUGGAUUGCGUGUCAAAUAUGACGGACAAGACAGAAGCUCGCAAACUUCUCUUGAAAAUCAUGCGCGCCUUUGGGCAGAAGUUUACCGCCUUGAAGUUGGCGUAUCCUGUGAUUCUGGAGCACCACCAGCGAAGGAAAGCCGAACCCGUCAAAACGGAGGAUGGGGUUGUACCAAUGGCCAACACGAAUGGAUAUCUUGACCUUGGGCUGUCGCAACCCAUUCGAACAUACAUGAGAGGAUUCGAAGGGACUGCAGAUGUCGCAAAAGAUAUUCGGUUCCUCUUCAAGAACCUUGUGCAAGGAUUCAAAUCCGUCCUGAAUGCUCUUCGAGCGUUCAACGGGCCCAUUCCGCCCAAUUACAACGCGGAAGUGUGGGCAACCUUCGCACACAACUUCGAACGCGAGGAUGUUCAACUGUUCGUCAGGAUCUUGAAAGAUGGGAUGAUCUGCUACAACUACUGGACACUGGACUACACUCGAGCGGAGGGCCACACCGCCACCGCCAGUGACAGACAACUUCCGCCAUACAUCGAUUCGAUAGAGGAGAAGGAGGUCUUUGAAGGGUUCGCGUCAACUUUUGCCCUGAUCGAGCCUCCAGUCUUCCAAGAGAUUUUCGCAUCACAGAUGGAGUUCAUCGUCGAUCAGACACUUCUCAAUCCGACAGUGCUGUCACUUUGCCAGUACUUCUUGGCCAGCACCGUUGUCUCCACUCCGUUUGCCGGGCUGGUAGUUCGAUUCUUGGUGGACAACCUCGAUCGAUUAGGGAACAGGGAACAACCUUACGCUUCGGUGAUGCUGCGACUCUUCAAGCUUCUUUUCAUGUCUGUUACGCUGUUCCCCGACAAGAAUGAGGCAGUUCUCCGUCCACAGAUCGGGCCGCUGAUAGUCAAGGCGAUGAAGCUCUCCACGAAAGCAAAGAAUUCCCUCAACUACUUCCAUUUGCUACGAGCUCUGUUCCGCAGCAUCGGUGGCGGUCGUUUCGAGCAAUUGUACCAGGAAGUCCUACCUCUUCUGCAUGUUCUCCUGGAGGGCUUGAACUCCCUGCUGGCCGCAUCGAGUACAAAGUUUCUGAAGGAGCUCUUCGUGGAACUGUGUCUAACAGUACCUGUUCGACUCAGUGUUCUUCUUCCCUUCUUGUCGUAUCUCAUGAAACCUCUCGUGCUGGCACUGGAGGCAGGAACAGAACUCGUCAGUCAAGGAGUGCGAACUCUCGAACUAUGCGUCGACAAUCUCACCAAGGAGUUUCUGGAUCCCAUCAUGAGCCCGGUUAUUACAGAACUUAUGACGGCGCUCUCGCGCCAUCUACGCCCGUUACCCUACCACACAGGACAUAGUCAUGCAGUGGUGCGAAUCUUAGGAAAGCUAGGCGGACGGAACCGGCGUAACGUCAAACAGCCGAAAAUGGAGGUCGCUUCCACUAUGGAAAAGCUGGUGGAGUUACGAGUCUACUUUCAUUCGGGAGAAUCGAGGGUCAUCUCUCUAGAUGCUGUGCUUGAGCUCUCUGGUGCAAUCUUGGACGAAAGGAAGAGCACUCCUCACUUUAGGCGACAUGCGUUAGAAUUCGUGAAGUCGUGUUUGCCUUUGCUUUUUGAUCAGGAAGGCGCGGUUGAAGACUUUCCGGAAAGGCUAGCGGUACAUGUUGCACGACUGAGCAAACAGCAGGCGAUGAAAUCUGCGCCAUCUGAUGACAAACAGCCGAGUGACAACUCUUCGGCGAAUCAAUCCGAAGAAAGCCGACCCUUCAUGGAUCCCCCCCUGAUUUCGGCGGACAGGAAAGAUGCUUAUGACAAGACCUUGACCCGCGUCAUAACAGCCUUGUUUGCUGCCAGCAUCGACUCGGAACUACACGACGAAGCCUGGGGCUUAGUGGAAGACAUUGUUCGUCAUUUUGCGAUUCUGAGCGUCGUUGAAAUGUUUGAGGCGAGAGGGAAACCGAAGCUGGAUACGCACAGGUCUCCCAUUACCGCGGCCAACAUGAAGAUCUCGCGUGUCAGCGGGUUCAUCGAAGCUGUUAUCGACACUAUGGCAUCAGAGAAGACAGAACGACAAGAUGCAGCGCGGAAGGCGAUUCUCUUAUUCUGCGAAGUGUGUGUCGAGAUUCUGGGACCUGAACCAGGUCUCCUGGAAGAACUUCCUGCUCUGCAUCGCCUUGCAUCCCGAUUUUGCUCGUCGUGCUAUCAGCAACAAUGGGUCCGAAAGAUUGGUGGAUGUGUCGGGAUAUCUAUCUUUAUAACGGAUGUCAAGGUCGGCUUGCAAUGGAUGCUUGGUCAUCAAUUGGAGUUCGUUAAAGCCCUCAUUUACGUCUUGAAAGAUCGAUCACCGGAUAUGGCCAUGGGGAACGCCGAGGAGGCCACGCGGACCCUAGCGCGGAUUUUGGAAGUGUGCAAUCGGGUGGACGAAAACGUCCCUCUCACUCAGGAGCGCAAGCUCAAGUUCCAUAGCUUGAUUUCACUUCUCAUCUCGGAGUUGUCGGACUCGAGUAGCGCUGUGCGCGAUGCCAUUCAGUCUUCCCUUCAGACACUCGCAACGAUACUGGGUAGAGAGGUGACGGACCUGCUCGGACCGGUCAAGCACACGUUACUGCAACGGAUCUUUGCGAAGCCUUUGCGCGCGCUUCCAUUUGCAAUGCAGAUCGGGCACAUUGACGCCAUCACUUACUGCCUGACAUUGAGACCGCCGUUGCUUUUGUUCGGCGACGAGCUGAUGCGUUUGAUUUCGGAAGCAUUAGCCUUGGCUGACGCGGAGGAUCAAGCCUUGGUCAGCAAGACCACGCAAACGAAGACUCUCAACCCUCUGACCAACCUGCGCGUUGUCUGCAUCAACCUACUCUCUGCCGCAAUGGAGUGCCCAGACUUUCAAACGCCGCGACAAGCGCAGAUUCGAGCACGCAUCGUCUCCGUUUUCUUCAAAUCACUUUAUUCCACGUCCUCGGAGGUUGUGGAGACUGCGAACAAAGGCUUGCAGCAAAUUUUGCGAACGCAAGGGAAAUUGCCUAAGGAUCAAUUGCAGUCCGGUUUACGUCCGAUACUUGUGAACCUUUCAGACCCGAAGCGGCUGUCGGUAUCGGGACUGGAAGGACUGGCACGCUUACUACAGCUGUUGACGAACUACUUCAAGGUGGAGAUAGGGAAGAAGCUCCUUGAUCACCUUAUCUUCUGGGGGAACGCCACCAUGCUUGCAGAAGCUUCGGGCAAACCGAAUGGGGACGUCGAAGAGGUGAAAAUCAUGGCUGCCAUCCUGGAGAUAUUUUCUUUGCUUCCUCCGACGGCAAACAUUUACAUGGCGGACAUGGUGAAAGAAAUCAUUCAGUUGGAAUCUUUCCUUCGCCGCUCAGCCACGAGUCCCUUCAGACUACCCCUGAUCAAAUUCUUGAACCGGUAUCCAACUGAAGCCGCCACCUUAUUCAUGGAAAAAAUCAAGGACACAGCGUACAGCGAGCUGUUAGCCGAUCUUUUGCGAAUGACCGAAGCCGACGAGUUUCGCUCGGCUAUCGAAGCUGACGCGACGGGGUUGAUUGAACGGACAAUCGGUGUUGUGGGCGAGGGCGCGGAACCAGAGAGCCUGCGCUUCAAAGGCGUGAUCAUCGUUCACGAAUUGGUGAUGGCCCAUCCGCAGUGGAUUGUUGAACAUCGACACGUCUUAGAUGCGGUGUGCCAUAUUUGGCGUAAGCAUUCUGAUGGACCGGUGAAAUGGAAUGAUUCUCGGCAGUCUCCUGAGCUCUUGACGGAGCUAAUUGUCGAAAUCUUCUUCCAAUUCUUGAAGACUGAUGCGGACGACGUUGACGUCCUCAUGGAUCUCCUACGAGUCUUUGAGCACGAUCUCAUGAACGAUCCCGGCAGCGUAAAAGAAUUUGUAUUCCGGGAAAUAAUCUCAAACCGGAGCACAGCCUAUAAAUGUCGGGUCAUCAAGCGUUUCUUGGAAGCAUACGAUGAAGAAGGCCGUUCGCAGGGGAGCAAGACGACCAUCCUGCGGUUUCUGGUCAAUCCCAUGCUCCGUGUUACCUUUGAGCGGAAGGAAGCGGAGGGCCUGAUCGACCCCGACAUCAUCACCGCCACACAGCAGAAGGUGUGGCUACCACUCUCCUCGGAAUCUGGCGCAUCCCAAGCAAUAUCCGAUUUCCUCAAAGUCGAACUGUUGCAGUACACAUGUCUGUUGGUACAAUACGCCCCGGAUAUCAUCAGUGAAACCCGGAACGAUGUUAUCAAAUUCGCUUGGAACCAUAUCAAGGUGGAGGAUGUCGUUUGCAAACAAGCCGCAUAUGUGUUACUGGCUCGAUUCAUUGAAGUAUAUGAAACCCCGCCUAAGAUUGUCAUCCAAAUCUACGUUGCGUUAUUGAGGGCUCACCAAUCAGAGACCCCGCAAGGCCGCAUACUGGUUCGACAGGCCCUAGAUAUACUCGUUCCGGUCUUACCAAAGCGCGCUGGCGCAGUCCCUGGAACCCCGGAUGGACAGUCGGCACUACCUCUGUAUAUCCGCUGGACUCGCAAGAUCAUUGUGGAGGAUGUUCACAACUUCGCGCAGCUGGUCGCGCUAUACCAGAUUGUGGCCCGAUAUCCCGAUCUCUUUUACGAUUACAGAUUGCUGUUCGUCCGUCAAAUGAUCAAAGCCUUGUCAAGGCUGGCCUUUUCUUCGCACGCGAACCCCGAAUCGCGGAUUUUGACGAUCGAUUUAUGCGACUUGCUGGUCAACUGGGAUCUACCGGUGGCGGAGAAUAAGGAGACGCCCGACAGAGAUGAGCACAGAAUGGACAUAUCCGAAGACGCAGGUCUACCCCGGAAGCGAACACCUGAAACCGAAUUGGAAUCUCCAAGCAAGAAGAAAAUCCUUCUAUCCGAUGACGCCAUGGUCAUCGACACCGUGGUUGAGAGCCCCCUUGACGUUUCCCCUCCAGCUUCGGCCUUAUCCACAAGUGUCAUGUCAGUGGAGGACCAUGAGCUUGUGAUCACUACCCUGACACGGAUCGCUUGUAACCUGACCGAGGCUGUGUCCCGGAAAGCCACGACGCAUCGUGUUGUCAACUUGAUCAAGAAAUGCCUGCAUUCAUGGUCUGACGUCAAACUGGAGCUGGCGAGCUUUGAGAAGGCGAUGCUGUUGGAGGUCUCUGACCUCCACAUGGUGCAAGUCCUAAAUUCGAUCGAGAUUUUGGCCGCUUUUAUCGAAAUUCGGCCAAUUCAGUGGGUGCUCACCAACAUCGCGGCGAUACAAAGGCUCAUGGAAAAGUGGAUCAAAGCGGACAACGUACGAGUGGCCAGGGCUCUCGCUCCGCUGAUUUCUAAGAUCUAUGAUGCCAGCGAUGAGACCCGAGCAGAGGAUGCGACGGACACAGGAAACAGCUUCGUUCGCUUCAUCGAAUCCAAGAUCAAUUCCACCCUGAAGGAAAUCACCGCGGGCGCAUCUGCCGCAGGCUCAUCAGGGAACGCCAGCUCAUCAGCUCAAAUAUACUGCCUUCUGUCCCUGAUGCAAAGCAUUCCGUUCAAAUCCGAGCACCAUUACUUGGGAGAUCUGAUGAAGCUCCUUUCGAAACUUGUGAAGGAUCAUCAGGAACACGCUCCGACCGGUGGUCCUGUGUCUUUGGACUCACCAUCACGGCUUCUGGUGCUCCUACUUCAUUUGCUGAAACCUCGGGUAUCCCAAAUGGGCGACCAUCGCAAGAGUUUCUUGCAGGCCCUGGUGCAACUGACGGACUUCUCUUCAGACAUGGAACUUUUGCGAACCAUUUUGACAAUGGUCCGUUAUUGGGUGCUCGUCGGGACGGAGUCUUUUCCCACGGCGAGGGAGAAAGCGAACUUGAUGGAUCGUCUUAUGAAGGCGACGGAAAGGGACCCCAGGCUUUCUGAAGAAUAUCUGGAUGUCGUUGCGACGAUUUACAGCACUCCGAGCUUUACUCAGUCAGAAUUGACUGUGCGUCUGGAGAAUGCUUUUUUGAACGGAACAAAACAUGCGAACCCAGCCGUUAGGAAAAAGUUUCGAGAGAUCUUCGACAACAGCAUUGGUCGAUCCGUUUCGCUUAGAAUCAACUACAUCAUCUCUGUGCAAAACUGGGACCAUCUAGCCGCUUAUUUCUGGCCACGACAGGCUUUGGACUUACUCCUUGGUUGCGCUCUGACAGAUGGAAGCAUUUUCAGUAGUGCGCCACAGGACAGACCCCUAGACAUACUUAAGCUUCAAGCACUUGAGCCGGGAAGCGACGGACAAGAAACUGCUGGAACCGGAGAGGCGGAUGCAUGCAAAAGCCGAGUAAACGGAGCCCUGAAGCGUCAUCGGCAGUUCUUGGAGACAUUGCGGUCACUAAAGGUGUCUGGAUUGAUCGAACCCACGCGCAAUCUCCUCUUCUGGGACAAUGAGUUCGCGCACACAAUGUGGGUCGAGCUGUUUCCCGCAUUUUGGGGUAUCAUUUCAUCUCGAGAGCGACAUGACUUGCGGAAGUCAUUGAUCCCGCUCUUGGCCAAAGAUUAUCACGUGAAACAAAUCGAUACCAACCCGAACGUCGUCCGGACUUUGCUAGACGGCAUCAACCGCUGCGAUCCAUCGAUUCAACCAAAAUUACCACCGCAACUGGUUCGCUACCUCGGGAAGACGCACAACGCCUGGUAUACGACAAUCGAGCUCCUGCAACAAACCGUCGUCGAGACGCGCUUCGCGGGGGCAGUUGCUGCCAAAGAGGAUGAGAAAAUACGAGAAACGACAAUGGAUGCUCUUUGCGAGUUGUUCGGUACUCUUUCUGAAGAUGAUUACCUCUACGGAAUAUGGCGCAGAAGAUCAGUUUUUGCCGAAACUAAUGCGGGGGUGUCUUUCGAAUCCUGCGGGCUAUGGAGUCAAGCCCAGAGAUUGUACGAAACGGCGCAAGCGAAAGCUCGUAGUGGCGUUAUGCCAUACUUGGAGUCUGAAUACCGUCUAUGGGAGGAGCACUGGGUCCUCUGCGCUGAGAAAUUACAACAAUGGGAUCUCUUGACUGACUUGUCAAAGCAGGAAUCAAAUUCGGAGCUAUUCUUGGAGUGCUCAUGGAGAUUAUCAGAUUGGAACAGUGAUCGUGAUCUGUUACAGUCAACCACGGAAACUUUGUCCGAUUCGAACCCUAUGCGGAAGGUAUAUCAGGCUUACAUGAUACUGCUACGUCAGAAUGAACGAGCCGCCACGCAUUCGCACGAACUUCCUGCAAUACGAAAAGAAUUCGCGAGAGUUUGUGACGAGGGAAUACAAAGUACCAUCAAGCGCUACUUCGCUUUGCCGUCUCAAGCUACCAGCGCACAUAUUCCAUUGUUGCACCUCUUCCAGCAAUUUGUGGAACUGAGCGACGCUUCAGCCAUAGCAGACGUCUUGAGCUCAGCAACGGCUGCAAACAUCGUCGACAAAACGAACGAAAUGAAGCCGUCAUUAUCAACAUGGAAGGAUCGCCUGCCAAAUCGUUGGGAUGAUAUCACGUUGUGGAGCCACUUCGUCGCUUGGAGGCAGCACGUGUUCCAGAUGAUCAACAAAGCGUACCUGCCUUUGAUUCCACACCUCAAUACUCAGCAAGGGAUGGGCAAUCCGAGAGAUAACCCUAGCUCUCAAGCAUUCAAAGGGUUCCAUGAAACAGCCUGGAUCAUCAACCGGUUUGCCAACGUUGCGCGAAAACAGCAACUCAUUGACGUUUGCAAUGAUUCACUGAGCAAAAUAUAUACGCUUCCCAACAUUGAAAUUCACGAAGCGUUCUUCAAGCUGCGGGAGCAAGCAAAGAGCUAUUUCGUCAACGCAACAGACUACGCCACUGGCCUGGAUGUCAUCAACAAUACGAAUCUGUUGUACUUCAAUCCAUCCCAAAAGGCCGAGUUCUUCGCUCUUAAAGGAGUUUUCUUCGCAAAACUCAAUCUCCACGAGGAUGCUGAGAGUGCGUUUUCCUCAGCUGUGCAAAUGGAGGUUAAUUUACCAAAGGCAUGGGCUGCGUAUGCUCAGUAUCAUGAUCGUGUCUUCAAAGAGCGCCCGGAGGAAAUCAAGUACGGCAUAGGAGCUAUGAACUGUUAUCUCCACGCGGCAGGUGUCUAUCAGAAUGGUCGGGCUCGAAAAUGUCUGGCUCGUAUUUUAUGGUUGUUCACGUUGGACGACAAUGAGGGCAGGAUUGCCAAAACAUUCGAUGAUUACAAAGGGGAGACUCCGGUAUGGUACUGGACGACGUUCAUUCCACAACUGCUGGCAGCUCUGUCGAGCAGGGAGGCGCCUCAAGCAAAGGAGAUUUUGAAGAAAAUUGCCAAGCAGUUCCCGCAGGCCCUCUAUUUCCAACUGCGCACGACGAGGGAGGAGACAUUGGCCUUGAAAAAGUCGCAAGCUGCUGAAUCUCAGCGAAUGCGACCACCAGAGCAGUCAUCGCAGAUACCCACCAUACCCGAGAACAGUGUUCCGGGCCAAGCGGACGGCCCCACUCCGACGAACGCAGCGAAUCCCAUUCACGUACCGGCCGCCCCGCGCAAGUUUCAGGCAUGGGAGCAUGUGGAGGAAGUAAACGCUGUAGUCAAGACUGCGUUCCCAUUACUCGCUUUGUCGAUGGAAACCAUGCUCGACCAGAUCAUGCAGCGUCUGAAGCCAACUACGGAUGAGGACAUAUAUAGGCUAAUAGUUGCUCUAUUGCAUGACGGGCUAGCGAUGUACAUCCAACAAAUGACUCGCGAUGCAGGAGACCAGGGCAGUGGUCUAUCAACGGCAACGGAGCUGAAUCUUCUUCGAUUUUCGGAGAGCAUGCAGCCCAAUCACAUGAAGUACAAGGCUGCCUUUGAACAAGACUUCAUCAAAAGCAAACCCAACCUCGCGCAACUCGUGGACCGAUUUCGAGAAUGGCGCGACAAUCUGGAGGUAUUACUAGAUUCCAGGCCGAAGAAGCAACACUUGGAGCACUUCAGCCACUGGCUUGUGGAGUUCGAGUACCAAAAAUUCGAAGAUAUCGACGUUCCCGGGCAGUAUUUCCUCAUACGCGACAACAACAAGGACUUUGUGCGCAUAGAUCGUUUUGAGCCGGAGGUGGAUUUGAUUCGAAGCACCGCUGCUUGUCACCGUCGGUUCACCAUCCGGGGCCACGAUGGGACAUUCCAUCCUUUUAGCGUCCAGCAUCCGGCCGCGAAGCACUGCAGGAGAGAGGAGAGGAUAAUGCAACUGUUCCGUAUCUUGAACGAUCUGCUAGAGCGGCGGGUCGAGACCCGAAGAAGAAACCUGUCAUUCCACCUCCCGCUGAUCGUACCUUUAGCACCUACUGUUCGACUCGUGGAGGAUGAUCCUAGUUACGUUACUCUGCAAGAGGUUUGGGAGCACCACUGUGGUGAAAGGAAAUUGCACAAAGACAUUCACUCAAAGCAUUAUAUGGACCGCAUGCGAGAAGUGUAUGCCUCAAACAAUUUCGACAAGCAAGGGAAACUGGACAGGGUGCAGCUCCUCAAUUUCAAAGCCGAAAUCUGGGAGGACAUUGCGAACAGAUUUAUGCCGGAGACCAUCUUGACAAAGUUUAUGACAAGAGCCCUGAAGUCAUACGGCGACUUGUGGGCUAUGCGGAAACAGUUCACUCGAUCUCUAGCAGCCAACACCUUCAUUACGCAAAUCACCAGCAUCGGUCCACGACAACCGCACAAAAUCAGCAUAUCGCGGCAAACCGGAAACGUAUGGUUUCAUGAACUUAUACCAGGAAUCUCCCAUACCACAUUCUUGUUCACGAACUCCGAGCCGGUUCCCUUCCGCUUUACGCCGAAUAUUCAGCACUUCGUAACCCCGAUAGGUGUCGACGGGGUUUUUGCUCCUUCCAUACAAGCCAUUGGAAGAGCGCUAACAGAGCCUUCGUACGAGUUUGAGGAUUAUCUGAGCAUAUUUGUUCGAGAUGAGCUCAUCACCCACCAGCAACUGUUCAAAAAGGCCCCUUUGCAAGAACAGCAGCUGAAGGAAUUCACCCUCCAAAAUUGUGAUUUAAUGCUGAAGCGGGCCAUAGGGACCUCAUGCAGAGAAGAGCGCGAGAAGGGAAUCGACGGUGCCGAACCAGCAAACCAAACUAUUCUUGACCUCAUCUCGAAUGUGGUCAAUCCUCACAAGCUCUGCCAAAUGGAUGUCGCUUUCGUGGCCAGGCUGUAGAAAACCCCUAUACGCCAUGGAAGAUUCGCAUAUGGCCGACCUCAGUUGAAAUC